AUGAAAUUAAAUGCUUUAAAAGUGUUGUUUUGUACGUUUAUAGUACAUGUUUUUAUUCCGGAAAUUCAAAGUGAUUUAUUUACAGCAUUGGGUCUAAAUUCUGAUAGCAGUAAGUUUAAUAAUAUCGUAGAAAAUUUUAAAAAUAAAUAUGAUCUCGUAGAAGGAGCAGAAAUUAUUGAUCAGUCUCAGGACGAUAAAUUCGGAAAAGUCUCUAAAGAGUUUAUCGCAUUUGAAAUCGAUUUACUUCUAAUAUUACAGCAGAUGGCCUACGCGUUUAAUGAAAGAAAUGACACCAGACUCAUUCACGAGGACUAUUUUAUAACAAUCUGUACAUAUCUCCCGAGAUGUUUGGAUUUCAUCAAUAUUAAUGUAAUUCAGAAUUCAAUAACAACUAUGUUGAACAAAAUUCAUGUAGUUCUAUGUUAUUCAUUACCAACAUAUCUGAAGACAUAUAUCAAUGCCUUACCGAAUCAUAUAGAAAGUGAACGUUUUAAUGUGGCAAUUGAAACUGAUUUGGCAGAUAUAUUAUCAAUGACAAAAGAUAAAACAAAAAAAGAUAUAAACCUGUUUAUAAUGCAACAAAACUAUAAGAUGGAUAGUCAGAAUUUUAUUACAAAUGUUUACAAGAUCAUUGGAAAUAUCGAUUUUAUAUCAUAUAUAAGAACAAAUCUCGGUAGUAUAAAUCAGCAUUAUAUGACACUUGAUUCGAAUACUAAAGAAAUCAAAUUCAAGGUGACUAAAGUAAGUACCAGAGACAAUGAAAAACAAAUUAAUUCUGAAAACAGUAUGCAUUUUCUGGAACUCAAUAGAAAAUAUACAAAUGAUCUUCGGGACAAAUGCGGUUUAUCAAAUGCUGACAUUCAUCCGUCAGAAGAUUUGUCAAAGCUCGAAACAAUGCAAGAAAUUGUUUUCUAUACAUUAAAGAAACUCCAACAAUAUUGUACAAAUAGUAUAUUGAAUAGUACAAAGACAAAUUCUAGAGUAGACGAAAAUGACCUAAGGAACACGAUUGAUGUUUUGGACACGUUACAUGACAUAUGUCAUAAUAUGUCUUUAUUUCUUGUCUAUUUAAUAGAAAAUGAGGUGAACGUCGACUCUAUAAUGUUCAGCACGUAUUUGACGUUUUGCGGAGACUUCAAGGGAUACAGUAAUAUCCGUUGCACUAAUGCAUUUCACGGUACUUCUUCCAUUAAGGACCUCAAAAGCAAGCAGAUUAAUUGUACACAGGAAACGUUAAAAAACAUUUGGACGUGGAAUAUAUUAAUAACAACCACUGAGGUCCCCCAAAAAAAUGAAGACCAAUAUUUAAAAAACGGAGAUUGUAUAUUUAUGUACCAGGAUUAUUUAAUAAAUAUCAACAAUACUAUCAGAUUAUUUUACAAAGGAAUGGACGCGUGGACCACGUUUGAAUGGUUGAGUGGUAAAUAUUUUCUUGCCGAGAAUAUCGAAAAUGAACUUAUGUACGAUAUAAAAUCCAAUUAUAUAAAUAUUAAAAACGUAAAUAUUAAAUUAUCAGUUGCGUAUUAUGCUGCAUUACCAUGGGGUUUGAACACGUUCUCUAUAGGGAAUUUCCAUAACGUGAUUGUAGACAAUAUAGAAAAAACUAUGAAUGCUUACGUUUACAUACACGCGCUUAUCAUACAUUUAUACUUAAAACGCGCAGGUAUGAGCAUCGAUUCUCGUGCAUUACAAAAAAUACGAGAUAGUGUUAUGUGGUAUAACGAAGGGACGAAAUUAUUUUACAAAUAUCUCCAUUUNAGGAUGAAUCCCUAUCAAAUGAUAACAUAA